AUGUCUUUGGAACGUACUCCCCCACCUCCACAAAACUCUGCUUCUGGUUUUUCUGAUGCCCAGUGCAUCUUAUGUAAACAAUUAAUGUUAGAAACACAUGAAUGUCUCAUAAUUAUGAAUUGCAAUCAUGUAUUUCAUAAAGAAUGCAUUGAGAGACAUCUCUCCCAAUCUAUGGAAUGUCCCGAAUGUCACAAGGCAUGUGAACUAGCAGAUCUUAAAAAAUUUCACAUUCACGAUAACUCUUGUCAAAAUCCUGGCUCUAAAAGUAACGCUAAUGUUCGUGGAAAAGGUCGAGGAGCAAUGGCUAGAAAUGUCACUAAAAAUCUAUUUAAUGAAAAUGCGAAUUCUUCGUUAGAUUUUCCCCAAAAUAAUCCUCAACCUGAAUAUGUUGAAGAUA